AUGAAGGAUGUACAAUUAGGAAGGACCACUGUUAAAGGCGGGUUGUUUACACAGGAUGUUGAGAAAAAACUGGAACAGAUGUACGAUUCCCACAACUUUGUAAAUAGAAUCGAUGUGGUGGUGAAAAAGGCUGAAUUGGAAAGUGCUGGUGCAGAUUAUAUGAAGUCAAUAACAUGUGAAAGCAUAGAAUUCAUGGCGAACCUUUUCCAGCUGCUCAAAUAUAUACUUGCGUUUGAACCUAUCGAGAGACAAUAUUUCAAACUGAUUUCCACAGAUACAGACAUAAUGGAUGAAAAUAGCAUAUGUAUUCAUCGGGGGAAACUAACUUUGAAGCUGAAGAAGGAGUCAUACUUAAAAUCUGGAUUUCAAUUUAAACUAUCGACUGCUUCACGCGGCAACAGAAAUGUUGUCAGCCAAAUGUACAUUCAUACCUUUGAUUUGGUCAACUUUGAGGAAAAUAUAAAAAAAAACAUCCAAAACUAUGUGCGUCUGUUAUGGUUUGCGGAGAAUAUAGAUUCUAAGAAUUACGUGUAUAAUCUAACAUGUGAGUCGGACGGAUUCGAUUACCAAAACUCUAUUUUAACUUUAGAAAACAUGAAUAUCGAGGCUCAGCUGAAAAAAGCUACAAUCACAACGAAAAUAAUGAUAGAUUGCGUUUUUCCAAAUCUUGAUAUUGUCCAAAAUGAGGAACAACUACAAGAUAUUGCUGAGUGGAUAACUUUAAGCUCUAUAGGUGGCACGGUACAGCAGUACAGGGAUGUUGACCCGUACAUUUCAUCCUACUUUGCGAGACUAGAUGCAAAGGAUUCGGUGGAUUUGGCUGUGAUGACAAUGGAGGAAACUUUGAUAACGUCAGCUUUACAUGCUAAAAUAAUGCAACAUUUGAUAAAUAACUUUAGUUGGUUUGCAUUUGGUUCAUAUGGAGUCAAAAAUGUAACAAAGGCUUAUGAAAACAGCGGAGAGCAUAUCAUCGCUGAUGAUGGGUCAAAUGAUAUUCUGUUGUUUUUCAGUGAAGGGAGCUAUGCGGUUUGGGAUACCACAGAUGGUGGUGAUCCUCAUAUUUUAUGA